UCUCUAAAAUUGUGCCGCUCGUUUUCAUAAAUAGCCUCACACGAAUAAAAUUAAUUUGCUUAUAAUUUUAGCGCACAAAUAAAAAUGGAUCAGAUAUUGAACAAGGAAAACACUGGGGUUCAUUAUAUUUUAGUGCCGACAAAUCCUAUAAAAAAUGGAGUCCCUACCAAUUCAGUCAAGAAAAAAACCGUUCUUGGGAAACUUGACAACGUGAUGCAUCAAACUCCUGGUAUAACACCGUUUAAAAGCCAUCAUGUGAAGCCUGAAGGCAGCAUUGCCAAGCUGUCGAUUCGUAAGACACAUAAUCCCAACAUUAAAAACAAGGAUCGAGAAGACACUAAUGUAAAAGCUAACUGUUUUUUGGGUUCAUACAUGUUAAAACGCGAAGCCCAUGUCAUUAAUUUAUUUAACUAUACUGACUUUCCGAGCGAGAAAUGUUUAAGGACCUGCAGCAGGCCAAUCACUGAAACCUGGUCAGAUCAAGCUGAGUAUGAUUCCCUGCUAAAUCAACUUUAUCAUAACCUUGGCACAUUGGAAAAUCACUUAGAAAACGUACGUCAUCCUCCGUUAGAAUCAGAAUUUGACGAUAUCCCUUGUUUAGAGGAGACAGAUAUUUAUGAAAAUGAGGAGUGUAAAUAUGUUUUCAAUUUAUUCGCGCCAAUGCCUACCAUGGAAACUAUUGAUAUUUUAUUUUAAAAUUCUUUAUAUAUUAAUUGUAGUUAUAUUGUACCUUAGACUAGUUACCAUUAUCUAUGUUAAACUUAACAAAAUAAGUCCUAAUUUAAAUUUAUACAUGUUUUUGUUAAAUAAAUGUGAAUCAAUUAAGGGUA